AUGAGUAAAAAUCAUAAUUUUGAGUAAGUUUGCUAAGAUAUCUGCAUUUAUCAUAAAUCAGUAGAACACAUAUUAAAACCCAAUUAAAAGCCAAAUAGCAAAUUGAAUUUAAAAAAAGACAAACUUAUGAAGAAGUUUGCAUCACAAAUUAUUAGAAGUGAAUAAAGAAUUAAAUCUCCUUUUUAGAUUGAAAUGUAAAUGCUUAAACAUAUUUAGAUUUCAAUAAUAAUAAUAACUAAAUGAUAAGUGUGUUGAAAAAAUGUCUUCUGAACUAGUCUUGUCCUAACCCUAAAAGAACUUAUCUAUAGAUUUAAGCAAAAAGUAUUAUAAAUAUAUAUUAAAUCAGAUGGCAUUUAGAUUUAUCAGAUUUAACUGAUAAGGGAGUAAGAGAUCUAAGCAAUAGUUUAUCAAAACUUUAAAGUUUAGAAUAGUUAAAUUUAGCUUUGUGUGGGUAUUAAAUCAUGUUAUUAAUUAUUAGUUGGGGUUAUUGGAAUCAAAAUAUUACAGAUAAAUCACUAUAAUAUAUAACUAAUGCUUUAAUACUUCAAAAUCAAUUGCAUGAGUUUAAUCUAGAUUUAAAUAUGUGGGCUUAUGAAAAUAAUAGUAUAACUGAUGAAGGAGCUAAGAAUUUGAUGGAUGGAAUUAGUUUAUUGUCAAAUUUAGGAAAGUUGGAAUUAAAUUUAAAAGGAUGGGGAGAUGGAAAUUAAGAUAUCACUGAUAACACUAUUUUAGGACUAUCAAGAUGUCUAAAGAAACUAGGAAAUUUAUCAGAGGUUAAAUUAGUAUUGUAAAUUAUUUAUUUCUAAUUAGAUGGUAAAAUAUUGGAAAAUAAGCAAUCAAAUAAUUGAAUAAGACUCUAUCAAAAAUGGAGAAUUUAACAAAAAUAGAAGUUAAAUUUGAAAGGUAUGAAAAAAAUAUUAGUAUUCUAGUUGUGCCCAGUAAUAACCUGUUUAGAAUAAUAAUAUCGAUUAGAAACUCCAAUAAAUAAAAAUUAAUGCAGUUUAAAAAAGAAGACUUCUUUUUUAAGUUGAGGGUUUUAUGAUCAAUCUUGAAUCUAUAAUAAAUCAAAGGACACUCUGGGAUAUUAUUUUAAAAUUAUGA